GGCAGUAAAUUUAUCUGCGCAUGCGCUAUCGUGUACAGUUAGCUGCUGCUUGUAACUGCGUUGUAUUUAUUUACACGCGGAUUUUGGGAUAAUUAGUUAAUAUUAGGUAAUAUUAGCGUUUAAUAACCGACGCUGUAACAUCAAAAACUCGAGACCAUGACAGAUGAGCAAGAAAUAAUGUGCAAAUUAGAAAACAUUUUGGAAAUAAGGAAUAAAACUCUCCAGCUGCAGAAGAUCAAAUCCAGGCUGAAGAGCGAGUUUGAAGCCCUUGAAGCCGAAGAGAAACACCUGAGAGAAUACAAGCAGGAGAUGGACCUGCUCCUUCAGGAGAAGAUGGCCCAUGUUGAGGAACUGCGCCUGAUCCAUGCUGAUAUCAAUGUGAUGGAGAGCACCAUCAAGCAGUCGGAAAAUGAUCUGAACAAACUGUUGGAGACCACACGACGCCUCCAUGAUGAAUACAAGCCCCUGAAGGAGCAUGUUGAUGCUCUGAGAAUGACCCUUGGCCUGAACCGGCUGCCCAACCUUAACGAGGAAGAGGAGAGGCUUUCACUAGAUUACUUUGAGAAGCAGAAGGCUGAAUGGCAGAAAGAGCCACAUGAGCCCAUCAUUCCUGAAUCCCUAGCAGCAGCUGCAGCUGCUGCUCAACAGCUUCAGGUCUCACGGAAACAAGACCCGCGGCAGCCGGCCACUUUCAGACAGCAGCCUCCACCCAUGAAGGCAUGCCUAUCUUGUCACCAGCAAAUUCACCGCAAUGCACCCAUCUGUCCACUGUGUAAAGCAAAGAGUCGUUCCAGGAACCCCAAGAAACCCAAGAGGAAGCCUGACGAGUAAAUAAAAUGGAACUUAUUUUUACAUGUAAGAGUCCCCCUUUAGAGCUUUGUUUAAUGUAAACUGUGUUGUAGUCCCUUUUGUGUUGUGUACUUGAUUUAAAUAUCCUUUCAAAACCUUAUAUGAUUUUGUUGGAUUCAUCCAUGCAAUAAUGAAUAAUGUUAGCAUUACUUUAAUACCCAUGAGUAAACAGUUUCUACUGUUCUACUGUUUCUACUGACAUUCAUUUCCACAUUUUUACAUUUUUAUGUAUUACCACAUAAUAGGUAUGUAGUUUGUUAUUAAACACAAAUUGUAUUUGUCUUUUUCUGGGAGCAGAUACUUGCAACUUGAAAGGGAUCUGCAAAUUAUGAUAAAGCAGUGGUUGUAUUAGACAGUAAUAAUGCUAAAAUUGUAGCCUUGCAUGUUUGGUGUCUUUAAAAAGUUUAAUAAUUAAAUUGUGACUAGUUUGUUCAUUUGAUGAACCAAACUUGAUUAAAACGUCUAGUAACUGUUACUGAAAAGUGUUAAAUAUUGAAUGUUUUUAUAUUUACAUUUUUUAAAUAUUUGUCAGAUGGUGUACUGUGCAUUUUAAUUGACAAACUAGGUUGUUCAAUAAAAUAUGAGUCUAGCAAUGAUUGAAA